CCAGAUAAAAAUGUGCUGCGGGUAUCCUUGCUAUCCUUGUGCCGCUCUGUGUCCUUGCGGUGGAUGUGGACCCAGUGGAUUCUACGACCCCUGCUUUGGACCCUUCAACGGGCCAUUUAACUCGUGGUGUGGCCCGAGUGGACCCGGAUUCUGGGGAGGUCGUUGCUGCUAACACUUCACUGAUGAAAAAUCUGAUCGUUUGCAGAAAAAAAUGAGGAAACAUCAAAAAUUAGUGUUCCAUCUCGUUCAACAGUC